AUAAUCCCACUAAUAUCAAUGAAAUGCCACUCUCGGUGUAUAACGUUUUGUCAUGCUGCGCAGCAGGGAAGUUGGAGCGCAUCCUGCUCUCGGGCUAGAUAACACUCGCACUUCCCACUACUGAAUAAGAAGGUGGGAAAUCAAGUGGUGAGAAGACAAAAAGGACACAAAGCUCCUCUUUAUGAGCCACUGCAGUGGACACAGGGCAUUUUUCCACCUGGCAAAUCUCUUAAUGGAACAAAUGUGGACUCAUCGGGAGAGGCCGAGCAGGGCAUGGCUUUAAGCAGACUCCUGCUGCUCUGUAUGGUAGCCUCUGAGGUGUGGGAUGCUGAGACCAAACCUAUACACUUUGUGUGUAAUAGAGCCGCCAGGAGGGCUAUGAAUAUUGUGGCAGAGUUGGAGAGUACACUGAAAGGCUGCAAUAGCGUCAUGACCCUCUCCACACCGGUUCAGCUACCCUGCACAGAGCUUCAUGUAGCAUCUUGGGAAAACAAAUCACACCAGGAGAGGAGAGGAGACGUAGUUGCAUCCCUGAGGCUUCUUAUUGAAGGUGUGAAGGUUGUGAAGGCCCUGAGUCAGCCAGGAUGCGGCACUUUAUUGCUGCAGAGAUUGGAGAACAACAUCAACAACUACCUGCUCAUUCUCACAGACCUUCAACUGAGUCAGGGGCCAGUGGUGAGUCCAUCAUUGUCUUGUGUUCCUCAAAGCUCCCAGAGUCUGAGCACAGUCCUGUUGAGAUACAACCAACUGAUCUCAGGCAAACUGGAGCAGUUCAUGAUUCACCUGGAAGACAGAUGCACUUCCCAGUGACAGAAGAACAAUUUCAGGCACCCAUUAUUCUUCAUAAAUGGGGGAUCUACUGGUGCCUUAACAGCAGGACUGAUCUGGAUCUCCUAACCCUGCCUAAAAAUUCUCAUGUGUAAAAAGUCUACUUUCCUACAUUGUGAUAUAGACUCACGUUCUUUAAGAGUAAAAAGCAGCACACCCAUCUCUGCUGGACAUGAAGAGAAACUACACCUGGACAAGUAGAGGGAAAAACUGCAGUAUGGCUGCAAUGAUGAGCAUCAUGGACAAAUGAAUGUCUAACAGGAAGGAGGUUCUUUGUAUCAUUCUACCUAAGGCUAAGGAUGCUUUAAAUAUUUAGGCCUGCAGAACCAAUGCAGGCCUGCAAAGUAGCUUCUCUUUUUCAAAUGUAGCUUACAGGCAGCUUCUCCAAGUCUCCACUGUAUGUAAAAUGACUAGAAUCCAAAUAAUUGUUUUAUGUUAGAGAUAGUUCUCCAGCUUUACUACAUGGCCAGAACCAAAAUGUCAACUUGGUUGCUUGAAUUCAUGUUUUCAAGCCAAAUUUGUCUCCUCCUUAAUCAGUGGUACAAAAGUUUUCUUAAAGUGGUUAUCACACUAGCAACACUAGACAGCCAUUGCACAUUAAAUGACAAAAUCAUAUAGAGGCUGCUUAUCAAACGCACUUACUUCAGAAUAAUAAAGACAGGAAAAUACUGCUAUACCUUUCUGGUAUGAAUUUGGUAAGCAGAUUAUGUUUAUUCUCAUUGCACUUUUAGAUCUUCUUUCUGUUUACAUUUUUAUAUUAAAGUUUAGAAUUGGCUGCAGCUGUGUAUAUAUUAAUUCAUGUAUUGCUUUAUUUCAAUUCAGGAAAUCUAACUUAGGUUUCUUUGUUUAUGUCUGUGUGUAAAUGCCCAGAUUUUUAAUCUAAGAAAUUUGUACAACACUAUACAUAUAAGCUGUUUAUGAUGAUACAAAAUAUUCGCAAUAUAAUAUGCAAUAAACUGAUGCAUUACACCCAUUAUUA